UCCAAUCCAGCAUUUUGGCUGCAGCAAGAAAAAGCAUCAUGCAGAAGGCUAAUUACUUUCUUCAUGCAAUUUUGUUGGUACAAUGUCUAAUGGCUUGCAAAGCCAUGGCAACAACAAAUAUUUCUACUGAUCAAUCUUCUCUUCUCAACUUCAAAGCCCACAUAAAUUUAGAUCCUUUAUACAUUUUAUCGAAAAAUUGGUCGGUUUCUACUUCUGUUUGUGUCUGGAUUGGAGUUGCUUGUGGUCUUCGCCACCAAAGAGUGACUGCUUUGGAUAUUUCUAAUAUGAAUCUCACUGGAAAGAUACCUUCCCAAUUGGGAAAUCUAUCCUUCCUUGUUUUUAUCAACUUAUAUGGAAACUAUUUUCAUGGUAGUAUUCCUCAAGAGUUGAUUCAACUCCGACGGUUAAAAUACAUGGACUUGGGUGUCAACAAAUUCAGUGGCGAAAUCCCGUCAUGGUUUCAUUUCUUUACUAAAUUACGAGUUUUGUAUCUUACUAAUAACAGUUUUACAGGUUUCAUCCCACCUUCUCUCUCUAAUAUAUCCAUGCUCCAGUAUUUGGAUCUCUCUUCCAAUCCUCUACAAGGGAAAAUCCCGGAAGACAUUGGAAAUCUUCAUAACUUGAAAAUACUUGGAUUACAAAAUAACAGUCUCACUGGUGUAAUACCAUUGCAGAUUUUUAACAUAUCGACAAUGGAAAUUCUUGCUCUUACAGGGAAUAACUUAACGGGUAAUCUCCCUCUUCACAUAUGCCAUGGCCUCCCAAGACUCCAAGGGCUUCAUCUAUCGCUAAAUGAAUUGGGUGGUGAAAUUCCAUCCAAUCUAUCAGAAUGUUUACAACUUGAGACCCUUUCUUUGUCUUUCAACAAAUUUAGUGGAUCCAUUCCCGGAGAAAUUGGGAGAAUAAGGACGCUUCAAAUUUUGAAUCUUGGUUCAAAUGAUUUGUCCGGUGCAAUUCCACGUGAGUUGGGUAACCUGGAGAACCUCAAGGGAUUGGGCAUGGGAUAUAAUUUUCUUAAUGGCUCUAUACCAGCCAGUAUCUUCAACAUUUCAUCAUUGCAAUAUGUUGAGAUUCAAGAAUGCAACCUAUCUGGCAAGCUUCCAAAUUCUAUUGCAAAUUCUUCUAAACUCACUACAAUAUUCCUGCGUCAGAACAACUUUAAUGGACCAAUUCCAAACUUCCUCGGGAAUUUGCGCUUCAUUGAAAGGUUAGUCUUGUCAGAAAACAAUUUCAUCAGUGAAUCUCCAGAAUUGAACUUCAUUACUUCGUUGACAAACUGUAGAUAUUUAAAAUUAUUGUCUUUUUCCAACAAUCCUUUGAAUGGCAUUCUUCCAUUAUCAAUUGGAAAUUUGUCAACUUCUCUUCAACAUCUUCAUGGUUAUGGUUGUGAUCUCAGAGGUAGCAUUCCAAAUAAAAUUGGCAAUCUCACCAGUUUGAUCGAUUUAAAACUAUUUGACAAUGAGUUGACAGAAUCAAUUCCAACAAGCGUGGUGAAUUUGCAAAAGCUUCAAGGAUUAUAUCUUUCUUACAAUAACAUAAGUGGAUCUAUCCCGGACUCUUUCUGUGAACUUCAAAAUUUAUAUCAAUUGGUGUUGUCACAAAAUCAAAUAUCUGGUGCUAUUCCAAGGUGCAUAGGGAAUAUUACUACACUAAGGUAUCUAGAUAUCGAUUCCAACAUAUUGACUUCCACCAUACCUGCAAGCCUAUGGCUACUGAAAGAUCUUCUGAAGUUGAAUCUAUCUACAAAUAUCUUGAGCGGCUCUCUACCUCAAGAAAUUGGGAACCUGGAGUUUGCAUUUCUUAUCGAUCUAUCAGUCAAUCGAUUGUCAUGUACUAUUCCAAACACAAUUGGAGAUUUACAGACCUUGAGCAAUCUUUCUUUAGCACAUAAUGCACUGCAAGGAUCUAUUCCAGAGUCAGUGGGUAAGAUGCUGAACUUGGAGCAACUCGAUCUAUCUCACAACAAUCUUUCUAGUAAUAUCCCCAAGUCCAUGGAGGAACUCAAGUAUCUCACGUACUUGGAUGUUUCUUUCAAUGAUUUAAGUGGUGAAGUUCCUUUUGGUGGUCCUUUCAAAAACUUUUCAAGUAAAUCCUUCAUGUCUAAUGAGGGAUUAUGUGGUGAUCAUAUAUAUGGUCUCCCAUCAUGUCCUACUGGUAGACAACAGAAAACAAAACCGAUGCUUGCAAUUGCAUUUUCUUUGUUGGGGAUUACAGUACUAAUUUUGGUUGUCACGGCCUUGGCAUAUGCAACUGGAAGAUACCGAAGGAAAAAUUUGGUUGAAAAUAGAGUAGACUUUGCACCUGGUACAUCUAUAAGAGUCUCAUAUUAUGAACUUUUGCAAGCAACUGAAGGGUAUAGUGAGAGCCAUUUGCUUGGGACUGGGAGUUUAGGCUCCGUCUACAGAGGGACUCUCAAUAAUGGAAUGGACAUCGCAGUGAAGGUUUUCAAUUUGCAGCAACAAAAUGCAUUUAAGAGUUUUGAUGUAGAAUGUGAAGUAUUACGCAACCUUCGCCAUAGGAAUUUGUGCAAGGUCAUUAGUACUUGCUCCAAUCUAGAUUUCAAGGCUUUGGUGCUUGAGUACAUGCCUAAUGGAAACCUUGAGAAGUGGUUGUAUUCAGAUGACUACAUGUUGAAUAUCUUGCAGAGAAUUAGCAUAAUGGUUGAUGUAGCAUAUGCAUUGGAAUAUCUGCACUAUGGCUACUCUACGCCUGUUGUUCACUGUGAUUUGAAGCCAAGUAAUGUUCUGCUAGAUGAAGAUAUGGUUGCCCACUUAAGUGAUUUUGGCAUUGCUAAGUUAUUGGGUGAAGGAGAAAACAAUGCAUACACUACUACCCUAGGAACAUUGGGUUACAUUGCACCUGAGUAUGGAUUGGAAGGAUUGGUGUCAAUAAAAUGUGAUGUUUAUAGCUAUGGCAUUAUGUUAAUGGAAGUAUUUACAAGAAUGACACCAAGCAAUGAAAAGUUCUCAGGAGAUUUAAACCUAAGGAGCUGGAUAAAUGAUUCUAUGCGUAAUCCAAUUACUCAGAUUAUAGAUUCAAACUUGUUGGGGCCAGAAGAGCACGACACAAAGAAGUUGAGAUGUUUGUCAUCUAUAAUGGAACUUGCUUUAAAUUGCUCCGUGGAGAGUGUCAGUGAGAGGGUGGACAUGAAAGAAGUUGUAACAACAUUGAAAAAUAUCAAAUUUCAGCUCCUCGCUUAAGAGUGGUUUUAAAUUUAAUGUUCUCUAUGUGUUAUAUGAUGAUUCAGUGAUUCUGUGGAGAUUAUAUAUUUUAUCUGUAAAGUUAUAUAACAUGCAAUUAAAGCUAGUUCAAAUU